AUGUCCAUAAUAAAAGAGGAGGAAGAUGAGUAAAGUUUUGCCAACAAACCAAGAGUAUUGAUUAAUGAUGAGUCUUCGCAAUACGGAGACUAUGGGGAUAAUGCCUUCGAGGAAGCUUACUAGAAUCACCUAGAGGGACAGACAACUGAGUUCUUUGAAGAUAAUUUCUAGUACGAUGAUAAUUUUGUGAGAACUCCAACUAUUGUCCCUGGGAAAGGUUAAACCAAUAAUCAUGGGAUAUUCUUAGAGCUGGGAAGCAGAGAAGAAGGCUCGACAGUCAGUAAGCUUAGCAGGUACUGUAGAAGUGAUGCUAUACUUGAAUCUGAGCAAUAUGAGGGAUACUUAGAAAAGAAGUCGCCAAAGCUUUUAGUCGGGUGGCAAAGCAGGUACUUUGUCCUCAAGGAAAGGAAACUCUAUUACUACAAGAAGAAGGAGUUGACUGACAAGCCUAAGGGUAUAUUUAACUUUGAAAUGGUAGAGGUUACGAUAAAGCCCAAUGUUCAUAAGAAGUAUUUCAAAUUAUUGAUGAAGGGUGUUAGCAGGGUAUUCAAGUUUAGAUGCAAGUCAGUGGACGACCUUAACAUAUGGAUUUACAGACUAAUGAAAACAGUUGAGAGGUCGAGAGGCUACAUGCUAAAGCUAGGAAUAGAUGAGAAACAGCUCUCACUUAAGUCCUGGAGAUUUGAUAGGAUAAGUGAGGAAUAGUUUUUAAGGCAAGCUGAUAUAGGGGAUGUCUUGCUAUUCAGAGGGAACAAUUUUGGUGCCAAAAUCACUAGAGGAUUUACUUAAAGCAAGUUUGGUAAAACAAUAGAUAAUAAAUUACAUUCAUUGGUAGAUCAUGUUGCUCUGAUACUUAAAUUUGACGCUGAGCCUGAUGAAUUGUUCUUCCUAGAUGCCACUUCCAACCUUAUCUAGUAAUGUUCAUAUAGUUUGGUGUUCCGCCACUUGUACUGCGACAGGUCAGAGGAUUUUCUGAUGAAGCUGGAAACAUUCAUCAGGACUGUUGUCGGCAAUAGAUUCGAAAUCUCUUUGAAGAAGCUGUUCUUUUAGAGAAAGACCGUAGCUCAGGACAUGGAUAAGAGACAGUUCUUUUGCUCUGAAUUGGUGACCAAGUCCUACAAAGAACUAGGCUUGGUUGAAACAGAGAAGUCUAGCUGCAGAUUCUUCCCGCAUGACUUUAGCAAGGACGGCAAGAUAGCGAUGACUGGGGACAACAAACUGGGAGAUGAGAUGCUGAUUGAAUUUGAUGAGGAGUAGAUCAAGAAAGAUUAUGACCAGUUUUUGGUUACUCAGCAAGUCUUGUUGAAUCAACUUGACCAAACAGCCAUUAACAGUGAGUCUGUGCAGACUAAUUCAGUUAUUUAGUAAAAUUAAUGA